AUGGUUGUACCAAAAGCAACAAAGAAAUCAAUUGUUGUAACACCACCAACAACAACAACAACAACAACAACAGAAGUAGAAUCAAAAGUUGCAAUUAAAAAAGUAACUAAAUCAACAACCACACCAGUUACAACAACCAAAAAAGUUUUAAGUAAAUUUGAAAAGAAUCGUGUUUUCUCAGCACCAACUCCAUCAUCAAAAUCAACAAAAUUAAAUAAAAAACCAAUUCAAAUUGAAAAAUCACCAAUUGAAAAAAUUAAAGAAAUUGAAUCACAAGUUAUUGAAAGUACUGAAAAUUCAAAUAAAAUUUUAGAAAUUAUUAAAAUUUGUAAAUCAGUAAGUAGAAAAAAUAUUAAAGAAUUAGAAAUUGUAUUUGAAUCAAUUAAAUCAUUAGAAAGAAUUUUUAUAAAUUUAUUUGAUUCAAGUAAUCCAAUAAUUUGUAGAGAAUUUAAAUUAUUAAAAAAUAAAGAAACAAAUGUUGAAUGUAAAUCAAAAGAACCAUUAGUAAUUUAUAUUCAUUGGUUAUAUAAAAUUUAUGUUGGUUAUUUAGAAUUAUUAAAAGAAUUAUUAAUUCAUGAAGAUCCAUCAAUUCAAUUACCAACAUUAACAACUUUAUUAAAUAUUUUAAAAAGAGAAUCAAUUCUAUUAUCAACAUUACCAAAUGAACAAGAAGAAAAGCAACUUUUAGAUGACGAAGAUAAACAACAUUUUCAUAAUAUUUCAAAACAAACUUUAAAACAGUUGAUUUCAACAAUGAUGUUUUCAAAUACAUUCAAUACUAAACUAUUAGACCAUUUCACUGAGAAUUAUUUAUCAAAAUAUCAAGAUCUAUUCUACUAUUCUUUAGUUUCAAUUAAUGAGAUAUCAACAUCAACAAUUGCAUUAAUAAAUAAAAAGAAUACCACUAGCACCACCACCACUACUACUGAACAAGAAUUUAAAUCAAUUUAUCCAAAUGUAUCAAGUAUUUCAAAAUUUGUUGAAAAUUUAUUUGAUUUCUUAACAUUUUUUGAACCAUUACAAGUUGUACCUGAUGAAUGGGAAUUUUGGGUUGGUAAACCACAUUUCUCUUGUAUCACUGAGAAUAAUUCUUCAUUAAAAACUAAAUUAAAACAACAAUCAAAGAGAUCAAAUUGGGAGAAACCAAAGAAUUUCAAUGAAAAGGAAUGGGAGAGAUUAUCUUCAAAUUGGUCAUCAUUAACAAAGAUCUCCUCUUAUAGAUCAAUCUUUAGUAAAUCUUGGAUCUCUUUCUUAACUUUACCAUUACCACCAACAAUCUAUAAACAUGUUUUACUUGGUUUACCUGAUCGUGUUUUCCCUUAUUUAACCGAUGCAAAAGUACUUUUAGAUUUCUUUACAAACUCUUAUGAUUUAGGUGGUGUAACUUCAAUUUUAGCUUUAAAUGGUGUUUUCAUUUUAAUUACAAAAUAUAAUUUAGAAUAUCCAGACUUUUUUAAAAAAUUAUAUUCAUUAUUUCAACCAGGUGUUUUAUAUGCAAAAUAUAGAGCUAGAUUUUUUAAAUUAGCAGAUUUAUUUUUAUCAUCAAAAUCUUUACCAAAUUAUAUGGUUGCUGCAUUUAUAAAGAGAUGUGCAACUCUUUGUUUAAUUUCUCCACCAUAUGGUUCAUUAAUUUUAUUACCAUUGAUUUACAAUCUUUUACAAAGAAAUGUAAAUUGUCAUUGUUUAAUUAAUAAUCCAAUUAAACCAUUACCAAAUACUCAAAAUCAAGUACAACAACAACAGCAGCAACAACAAAUUACUAGACAAUCUGUAUUAUUAAUUAAACAAGAUUUACAACCACAACAACAAGAAUCAUUAGAUAAUAUUAAAGGUUUAUAUGGAAAUGAUCCAUAUGAUCCAAUUGAAGAAGAUCCAAGUAAAUGUAAUGCUAUCUCAAGUUCACUUUGGGAAAUUCAAAUUCUUCGUGACCAUUACGCUCCAGAAGUUAGUAAAAUGGCAAAAUUAUUUGAUAAUGGUCUUAAAAAUAUCAUUGAUUUAAAUGAAUUCUCAUUUGUCACUUAUCAAGUAAUGUAUGAAAAUUCUUUUAAAAAGAAAUCUUCAACUGUUCCAUUAGCUUAUCAACAAAAAUCAAAAUUAAUUGAACAAGAUACUGAUUUCAUGUCUGAUUGGAAAUUUUAA